AUGGGAAACGGACUUGCUGCAGCCUUGAAACUGCACGCGCACAUUGAUAUUUCUUACAAAAAGCUGGAUAUAAAAAAAGAAGCCCUCAAAACAACAAGUGUCAACUGGCACUCCAAACAGAAUAAAGCAGCACAUCACACAUCUGACUACAGCAGUACAGAAGCAAUCUUGAGGAGAGGACAGAACUUUACUAUCACCCUGAACUUCCAAACAAAUGUACAGUCUGCAGACAACUUUAUAUUUAUUGCAAGCACAGGACCAUCACCAGCAGAAUCACAACAGACUAAGGCCGUAUUUAAUCCUUCUGAGGAUUGUAGCAGUGGCUGGAGUGCCAUCCAAGAGCCUAGUGAGCCUGGCUGCAUGACCUUCACGAUAUCCAGCCCAGCGAAUGCUGUCAUCGGAAGAUACAAGCUCGUACUUCAGAUUAAUUCUUGCAACAAGGCCUCUUCUACACUCUUGGGCCAGUUUGUGCUACUGUUCAAUCCCUGGUGUCCAAAUGAUGAUGUCUACAUGGCUAAUGAAAAGGAGCGACAUGAGUAUAUUCUGAAUGACAGUGGUAUCAUAUUUCAGGGACUGGAAAAGUAUAUCCAGCAAGAAGCAUGGAAUUAUGGACAGUUUGAAGAGGAUAUCCUUGAUAUCUCUCUGACUAUGUUGGAUCGAAGCCUGAACCACCGCCAAGAUCCUGCCACUGAUGUAUCCAACAGAAACAAUCCUAUCUAUGUGAGCAGAGUUAUCAGCGCUAUGGUUAACAGCAAUGAUGAAAAAGGAGUGGUGCAAGGGAAGUGGAAUGGAAAGUACUGCUCAGGAACCAAUCCCUUGCAAUGGAGUGGAAGUGUGAGCAUUCUUCGAAAGUGGUACAGAGGGAGAUACAAGCCUGUACGAUACGGUCAAUGCUGGGUCUUUGCAGGAGUAAUGUGCACAGUCCUGAGAUCCUUGGGAAUACCUACCCGUGUUAUUACAAACUUUAACUCUGCCCAUGAUACGAAUAUAAAUCUGAGCAUCGAUAAAUGCAUUGACAUUUCUGGAAAGACCCUGUACUUGAAUGAAGACAGUGUGUGGAAUUUUCAUGUUUGGAAUGAAAGCUGGUUCAUCAGAAGAGAUCUUGGCUCUUUUUAUGAUGGGUGGCAGGUUCUGGAUGCAACUCCCCAGGAAAGAAGCAAAGGAAUAUUUCAGUGUGGUCCUGCCUCCACCAGAGCCAUUAAGGAAGGGGAUGUGAACCUGGAUUAUGAUAGUUCAUUCGUGUUUGCAGAAGUGAAUGCUGACUAUGUUACUUGGAUUUGCUAUAGCAAUAAAAGGAAGGAGAGAAUUUACUCUGAUACUAGGAAGAUUGGAAAAUCUAUCAGCACCAAAGCAGUGGGCACUAAAUCCCGUGUGGAUAUCACUGAUAAUUACAAAUACCCAGAAGGAUCCUUGAAAGAAAGGCAGGUAUAUAAAAAAGCACUGAAGCUCCUUGGUGUGAGAAGUAUUGGAAGAAGAACCAAAAUUAGAAGACGUAGACCACGAUCUUCUGUAGCACAGAGACGAAAUAUGACAGAGUCUGCAAGAAAGCCAAGUAUCUCAGGGAAGUUCAUCCUCAAUGCAUCUCCUGUUAUYGGCCAAGAUGUCCUCAUUACCUUGGCACUCAGAAACUUGAUCUCAGAUUUCAAGACUAUAAAGAUUAAACUGAGGGCUUCAGCCAUUCUCUACACAAGAAAACCAAAGGCAGAGAUUUUGCAAUGGUCUAGACUUAUUAAACUCAGACCUGAAGAAGUGAAAGAGAUUUCAUUCAAGAUCUCUUACUCCCAGUAUAAAAACUCUUUGAGAGAUGACAGGAAGAUCCUAGUGACUGCUGUGUGUGAACCCAAACAGGAAGCUUCACUUCUAGUGGAAAAAGAUAUUAUACUUCAGGAUCCUUUCAUCACCAUCAAGGUUCUUGGUCCAGCUGUGGUACAUAAGGCAAUUAAUGUUCAAGUCACAUUUACCAACCCAUUAUCUGAAAUGGUGACAGACUGUGUCCUGAAGGUGGAAGGCAGUGGCCUGCUCAAAGAGCAGCUCAAAAUCAAUGUAGCAAGAAUGGCCCCCAUGGAGAGCUCAACUGUUCAAUUUGAAAUCAUCCCCUACAAGACUGGAACCAGGCAGCUUCAGGUGGACUUGGUGUGCACUCAUUUUUCAGCUAUUAAGGGAUUUGUUACUCUUGAUGUGGCUUCUGUUCAGUGCUAA